AUGGCUCCAAACCCUCCCAUUAGCCUCUCUUUUCUCUUCCUAACUCUUCCAUUCGUCUUCUUCGUUCAAUCUACGGAGCUUAGAUAUGAUUUUUACGACGAGUCGUGUCCUCAUUUGCCUAUGAUAAUUCGAAAUCAUAUUUGGGAUGCUGUACAAAAUGACACGAGAAUUGCUGCAUCACUACUACGGUUGCAGUUCCAUGAUUGUAUUGUAGACGGAUGUGAUGCAUCCGUGUUGCUUGAUGAUACUAAAGACAUGAAAGGUGAGAAAAAUGCUCCAGGCAAUGUGAAAUCGCUACGAGGGUUUGAAGUGAUUGAUGCCAUAAAAACAGAUGUUGAAACAUAUUGUCCCGAGACAGUUUCUUGUGUUGAUAUAUUAAGUCUUGCAACUAGAGAAGCUGUGUAUCAGGUCGAAGGGCCAUCUUGGAGGGUUCCACUAGGACGUAGAGAUGGCUUAACAGCAAACUUCAAAUCCGUUCAAGAACAACUCCCAUCUCCGAAGGCAUCUCUAGAGAACAACACCGCCAAGUUCACCUCAAAGGGCCUCGAUUUAAAGGACCUCGUCGUGCUAUCAGGCGCACACACCAUCGGCUUCGCUCGCUGCGUGACAUUCAAGCUCCGCCUCUUCAACUACAAGGGCUCCGGCCAGCCCGACCCUGACAUCAAUGCAGCCAUGCUCUCUGACUUGCAAUCCAUGUGCCCCAACAGAAACGACGGCACCAACGCCAAUUUGGCCCCUCUGGAUGUGGCCACUGUUGACAGUUUCGACAAUGAGUACUACACGAACUUGAUUAGUGGCGUGGGGCUUUUGGAGUCCGACCAUGGUCUAAUGGCCGACAGCAACACAGCUCAAAUGGUUAGACAAUAUAGUUUUGAUACGAACUUGUUUUAUGAUGACUUUGCUGAGUCGAUGUUUAGGUUGAACACGGUUAGGGUUUUGAGUGGCCGUGAUGGGCAAAUUCGAAAGAAUUGUCAUGUUGUUAAUGUCGAUGAUGGGUAUUAAAAGGUGUUGGACUAGUCGAACAACGAACAAACUAAGAACCGACUGGUCGAUGAUGGGUAUUAAAAGGUGUUGGACUACUCAGUCAA